GCUCACCCACCUACCCACCCACCCACCCUUGCCUUUCAGUCUGCGGCAGGAAUGUGGGGGGGCUAUGAGUUGAGAGGGGGUCGCUCACUGCAACGGUUGCUGGAGACCCCCAUCCUAUUCGCCUACUGCUGCUGUUGCUGCUCCUCGCGGGGUGCAAGAACUCGACUGAACUGAGCCGUUUCUGCGGGUUAAAGUAAACCUUUUGUGUGUGAGGCGUGUGUGUGUGUUGGGGGGCAAGACCCCCUUCCCACCUCCACUUUACCUUUUGGCUUCCCUUUUCUGGGUUGCUCCAUUGCUCCAUUAUCAUCCUCGGGAAGGACGUGGUUGUUAUAUGAAGACGUUGUGUGGACAGUAAUGACCGCACGUUUCCGAUUGCCUGCUGGCAGAACCUACAAUGUACGAGCAUCUGAGCUGGCACGAGACAGACAGCAUACAGAGGUGGUCUGCAAUAUUCUUCUUCUGGACAAUACUGUACAAGCUUUUAGAGUUAACAAACAUGAUCAGGGACAAGUUCUGCUGAAUAUAGUUUUCAAGCAUCUUGAUCUGACUGAAAGAGACUAUUUUGGUUUACAAUUGGCUGAUGAUUCUACUGAUAACCCGAGGUGGCUGGAUCCAAACAAGCCAAUCAGGAAGCAGUUAAAGAGAGGAUCUCCUCACAGCUUGAACUUCAGAGUCAAAUUUUUUGUAAGCGAUCCUAAUAAGCUUCAAGAAGAAUACACACGGUACCAAUAUUUUUUGCAAAUUAAACAAGACAUUCUUACUGGAAGAUUACCCUGCCCUUAUAAUACUGCUGCACUCUUGGCUUCCUAUGCUGUUCAGUCUGAACUGGGAGACUACAACCUUUCAGAGAACUUCCCAGGCUACCUCUCAGACUAUUCCUUUGUCCCCUGCCAGCCUCAAGAGUUUGAAAAAGAAGUGUCCAAACUACAUCAGCAGCAUAUAGGUCUGUCUCCUGCUGAAGCAGAAUUUAGUUAUCUCAGCACAGCCCGGACCUUAGAACUCUAUGGGGUUGAAUUGCACUAUGCAAGGGAUCAAAGUAACAAUGAAAUUAUGAUUGGAGUAAUGUCGGGAGGCAUACUAAUUUAUAAGAACAGGGUACGAAUUAACACCUUUCCAUGGUUGAAGAUCGUUAAAAUUUCUUUUAAGUGCAAGCAAUUUUUUAUUCAGCUUAGAAAAGAAUUGCAUGAAUCUAGAGAAACGUUACUUGGAUUCAACAUGGUGAAUUAUCGAGCGUGUAAAAAUUUAUGGAAAGGUUGUGUAGAACACCACACUUUUUUCCGGCUAGACAGACCACUCCCCCCUCAGAAGAACUUUUUUGCACACUACUUUACUUUGGGUUCAAAGUACCGGUACUGUGGGAGAACAGAAGUCCAGUCUGUACAGUAUGGUAAAGAAAAGGCAAAUAAGGACAGGGUAUUUGCCAGAUCCCCAAGUAAACCUCUGGCUCGCAGAUUGAUAAGCGGGAUGGACUGGGAGGUUGUCAGCAGGAAUUCAAUGUCUGAUGACAGGUUAGAAACUCAAAGUUUACCAUCCCGCUCUCCACCUGGAACCCCUAAUCAUCGCAACUCUGCAUUUACUCAAGAGGGAAACCGUUUACGGCCAUCUUCAGUUGGGCAUCUAGUAGACCAUGUUGUUCAUCCUUCACCAAGUGAGGUUUUUGCAAAUCACCGAUCUCCUUCUUCCACCCAGGCCAACAGUAUCAUUCUGGAAUCAUCACCAUCUCAAGAGACCCCUGUAGAUGGGCAACCACCUGCACUGCCACCUAAACAAUCUAAAAAGAAUAGUUGGAACCAAAUUCAUUAUUCACUUUCUCAGCAAGAAUUGGAUAACCAUAUCAAUGAAACGUACGAUGAUGAUUCUUCAUCAUCUCCUGAAAAAUCUACACCCAAUGGUGGGAUUCCCCAUGACAAUCUUGUUCUGAUCAGAAUGAGACCAGAUGAAAAUGGAAGAUUUGGUUUCAAUGUAAAGGGUGGAUAUGAUCAAAAGAUGCCUGUCAUAGUGUCUAGAGUGGCUCCAGGAACACCUGCAGAUGUUUGUGUUCCUCGUUUGAAUGAAGGAGAUCAGGUUGUACUGAUCAAUGGCAGGGAUAUUUCAGAACAUACCCAUGAUCAAGUUGUUAUGUUUAUUAAAGCUAGCUGUGAGAGGCACUCAGGGGAGCUUGUGCUCCUAGUUCGACCCAAUGCUGUUUAUGAUGUGGUAGAAGAAAAGCUGGAGAGUGAGCCAGACUUCCAGUACAUCCCUGAGAAAUCCCCACUAGAUGGUUCCCACCAGGAUGAUAUUGCUCUGAGGGAAUCGAUGUUUCAACUGGCAGAGGGGCUUAUCACGGGAACUGUCCUGGCGCAGUUUGAUCAACUUUACAGGAAGAAGCCUGGGAUGACAAUGUCUUGUGCCAAAUUACCUCAAAACAUUUCCAAAAAUAGAUACAGAGACAUUUCGCCUUAUGAUGCUACACGGGUUAUUUUAAAGAGUAAUGAUGAUUACAUCAAUGCAAAUUAUAUAAAUAUGGAAAUCCCUUCUUCCAGUAUAAUAAAUAAAUACAUUGCUUGCCAAGGUCCUUUACCAAACACUUGCCCUGAUUUUUGGCAGAUGAUUUGGGAACAAGGCUCAUCUAUGGUUGUAAUGCUAACUACUCAAGUGGAACGGGGAAGAGUGAAAUGCCAUCAGUACUGGCCAGAGCCCACCGGAAGCUCCUUGUAUGGGAAUUUUCAGAUCACUUGUCAUUCAGAAGAAGGAAAUCCUGCCUAUGUCUUCAGAGAGAUGACAAUGUCUCAUCUGGAGAAAAAUGAGGACCGUCAGCUUACUCAAAUCCAGUACAUAGCAUGGCCUGAUCACGGGGUUCCUGAUGAUUCCAGUGACUUCCUGGAUUUUGUGUGUCUCAUCAGGAAAAAAAGAGCUGGCAGAGAAGAGCCAGUUGUUGUUCACUGCAGUGCUGGGAUUGGACGAACAGGAGUUCUUAUCACUAUGGAAACAGCUAUGUGUCUCAUUGAGUGCAAUCAGCCUGUUUUUCCCUUGGAUAUUGUAAGAACUAUGAGAGAUCAAAGGGCCAUGAUGAUCCAAACUCCUAGUCAAUACAGAUUCGUUUGUGAGGCUAUUUUGAAAGUGUAUGAAGAAGAACUUGUUAGACCUUUAACGACUUCGCUGCAUUAAUAGAAAACUAAAGAUACCUUUCAGAAGAAUCCAUACAAGACAAUGGUGUGCCAUAACAUUACUUGCAAGAAAUGGUGUCUGAAAACAAUGAAGAAAUGAAAAGGACAUGGAAAAAACUUCAGCACUAUUGCACUUUAUGUUGAAACUGAAAAUUGGUCUCUAAAACACUAUGAUUUUUCUGUGUUGGAAGACUCUUUCUUCAUGCUUUGCUUCGAACAAACCAGACUUAAGGAAAUCCAUGACUUUCCAGACAUCAUUGUAGUGCCAUACAGUCCCUUUUUGUUUGAACUGCAACAACAAAAAAGGCUUGGAACACUUUUCACUCUUUGGUUGACACCUAUGUCUUUUUAAAGCAACAACAAUACACACAAAGCCAUUUCUUCCAAUGCUAAAUUUUGCUGUGUUAAGAUCCUU